AUGGCGAUGAAAGUUGAACUCGCAAGACUCGCUUACCAGAGAGCAGCUUGGGAGGUUGACUCUGGCCGCCGGAACACGUACUACGCCUCCAUUGCAAAGGCCUUUGCUGGAGAUAUUUCCAAUCAGGUGGCGACUGACGCUGUGCAGAUUUUUGGAGGCUAUGGGUUCAACUCAGAAUACCCUGUGGAAAAGCUGAUGAGAGAUGCCAAGAUCUAUCAGUGUGGGGGCAUCAGUGCGAGCAUUGGGCACGACCCGCAUCUUCUCUACACUCUGAGCGCCGUCCAGAUUCUCACGCUGUAUGACAGCAUCAACGUCAUUGACGUGGAUAAGGUUGUGGCCUAUGUUCAGAGUCUGCAGAAAGAGGAUGGUUCAUUUGCUGGAGACAUUUGGGGAGAAAUUGAUACCAGAUUCUCAUUUUGUGCAGUGGCAACUUUGGCUCUCUUGGGCAAGCUUGAUGCUAUUAAUGUGGAAAAGGCCAUUGAAUUUGUUUUGGCCUGUAUGAACUUUGAUGGUGGAUUUGGGUGCAGACCAG